AUGAUGCAAAACUUUAACUUCAUUAAGAAAAACGAAAGUGAGGUCUUUAGAGAAAAAUGCAGCACAAUAAACUAAAUGGUUGACAAAUUUUUGGAGAAACUCUAAAACUUGAGAAAAGCUCUUUUCUAAUGCUCACAAAAGAAGGAAAAGCCUCUUAUUGAUAGUUAUUUCCAAGACGAUCUGAAAUUUAUCUAAAAAAUGAUUUAGAAGAGCUAGAGCAUUCAAUAAUAAAUAAUUUUUCAGCAAACUAUUAAGACCUUCUCCAUCUAUAAAUGUGAAUACGAAUAGCUAUGUGAUUUAAUAGACCUCAACUUAGGAGAAUUUUCAAAAAAGCUUAGAAGCUUUUCUACAAACCACAAAAUAUAUGAAAUAAUCAUUUAAAAGAAAAUAUAAAUCCAAAAUUAUUUCUAUUCAUUGGAAGACUGUGACUCUCCUUGUAAAGUGAGACAAGAAGUUUUCAAUUUUUGA